CCACGCCCACGCCAUUGAUGCAGCGCGCGAAGCAGCAGCGACAUUCAAUGUUGCCACCUGGUUGCCAGUUGGCAAUGGGAAAGGAGAAUCAAUUGACCUCCACUCCGUUGCCCGCUGCCUCCUCCUCCUCCUGCUCGACAAGGACACGGACGGGCGCAGGCAGAGGAACGCCGCUGCUCCGGGAUCUCAGCAACAUCCUGUCGCCACUGCAGAUGACCACGCCCACUUCCCACUCGCAGGUGAAGGCGGCAACGGUUUAUGCCUCCACGCUGCCCACCUUCGAAGCGGAGUAUUCGCCCAGUUACAGCUACAACUGCAGCUACAGCUCCAGGAUCACUGAGCACAACAACAACAACAACAAGAUCAUUCCAGGACCACUGCUCGCUCUGCGCGGCAUGGGAAUCCCCGACAGUUACUUCGAGAAGCCGCGUUACCUGGAACAACAACAACAACAGGAGCAACAGGAACAGGAACUGAAACAGAUUCCCCUGCCCCUCAACCACGCCCCCACUGAAUCCACUUUGAGUUCCAGCCAAAUGGGGGAUGUGACUCUGGAGCGGAUGAUCGAUGCCAUUCUGGAGAGCACGCGAAAACCACCAGGAGCAGGAGCAGGAGGAGGGGGAAGAAGAGGAGUGGGAGGAGUUGGAGGAGGAGGUCGAAUUAGAAGUCGUGCUAGGAGUCAACGACCCCAGCAGCGUCUCAUCUCGACAGGUGUCACACAUUCACCCACUUAUCGUCCUGCCUUUGAUCCUGCCAGCGAUCUCUGCGAGUACUGGCAAUCCUCUCCGGCUGCAGCUCCAUCCUCCAAUCCACAUCCCGAUGUCUACGAGGAGCGGGAAGUGCGUUCACCACAGCCUGGAUCAGGAUCGGGAUCGGGAUUGGGAAUAGGGGGGCAGGGGAAACGACGUUCCCUGCAGCUGAGGAGACAACGCGUCGUGCGACGCAAGCGGAAGAUCACCACGAAGAUCUCCUCGAGCGUGAGGCAAUCGGCACAGAAGCUGCUGGCGGCUGCCUCACGCUCCGCCCACAAGCUGCCCCCCCGUUCCAGUUCCCACACCCAAUCCCACACCCACUCCAAAUCCCAAUCCCGCUCCAAGCAGCGACACAUCAGCCCCGACAGCGGACACAACUCGACCAGCGACUGUGAGCUGGAGGAGGAGCUGGGAUUGGGACUGGGACUAGGAUCGGGACUGGGCGAUGAAGAGUUGGAGGCUUCAUGUAAGCUGGAUGCGAUGUGGAUGCACAACGAGGCCAGAGAUGCCACCAAGCGGCGUCUAAGUUUCUCCCUAACUGACGACAGCUGAUGGAACAGAUAUAUAUGGAUUAUAUACAUACUUUUUUUUAACAU